AUGGGAAGUCAUGUAUUAUGGGUUAUGUUUAUUUUGAUUUCUGUUCAAGUGGUUCAAAUACUUUCUGCAUUUUCUGAUAUACCUCCUCCACCAAUUCGACCUGACCGAUUUCAUUCUCGUGAAGAACUCAAACGGUAUUUACAACUUGUACAUGAAUAUUAUGCUAUCAUUGGUCGGCCACGUUUUGGUCGCUCUCUAAUCGAACAACGAUCAAGUCUAAGUGAUCGACGUCUGUUUAAUUUCUUCGAUAUAAAUGGUGACAAAUCAAUAACAUUCGAUGAAUUUCAAAAACAAUUCGCGAAUGACUAG